AAUCUCUCAAACCUGAAUCAAAUUUCUCUCCUUUGCAAAAUGGCUAAAACUCCUCUUUAUUUCUUCUUCUUCUUUUUAUUGGUGGGUUUCAGUGGUCUGAGAUCUGCCAUUUCUGCUCGAAUAUUAAUCGACGAUGACAUCGACGCCGAGUCUCAGCCACAACCGGCGGCGGUUACCCCUCCUCUGCCCACCAUCCCCUCGCCGGCCGCGAUUGUUCCGGCUACUCAGGUCGGAACGACCACGCUACCGUCGACCACAGGCAGCCAGAUUCAGGCAACCAUUCCAUCUCCGGCUGCCAACGACGACGAGGAAGACGAAUCCACAACACCCGAAACCAAUCCACCAGUAGCAGCAACCAACAAUCCAGGGCCAACACAAGAUGAUCAAGAAGAUGACCAAACAGCCACCACUCCAGCCGCCGUAUCACCGGUCACCGCCGUACCCACAUUAACACCACCGCCAACUCAGCCCCUUCCGGCUGCAAUAAAUGGUCCAGAACCAAUUUCAUUUUACAUGCACGACAUCGUUGGAGGAUCCCAUCCAUCUGCCAGAGUAGUCACCGGAAUCGUGGCGAACACCGACAGCAGUGGCAUUGCAUUCUCAAAGCCAAACGACAACUUCUUCCCAAUCCAAGGAACACUCCCUUUACUCAACAACGACAACCUCAAAAACAUGAUCAACAACAACAACAACCUCCCUUACCUUGUCGGUUUCAACGGCGUCUCUCAAGGCAACAACUUGCUCCUCCAAAACAGCGCCAACAACGGCGUCCUCAACGGAGACGAAGACAAUAACCAGCCCUUCGUCACCGCUGGUCAGCUCCCUUCUAGAGUCACCCUUCAACAGCUCAUGUUUGGCUCCGUUACAGUGGUCGAUGACGAGCUGACCGAAGGCCACGAGCUCGGGUCCGCGGUGGUGGGUCGGGCGCAAGGCUUUUACUUGGCGAGCUCAUUGGAUGGGACCAGCCAGACGGUGGCUUUAACCGCGUUGUUUCACGGCGGUGGCCACGAGCACGUGGUUGAAGAUAGCAUAAGUUUCUUUGGAGUUCACCGAACGGCGAUAACGGAAUCUCAGAUUGCGGUGGUGGGAGGGACGGGGAAGUAUGAGAAUGCAAGAGGGUAUGCGACGGUGGAGAUGCUUCAUCAUGAAGAGGAUCAACACACAACGGACGGUCUGGAUACUAUUAUUCAUUUUAGUGUUUAUCUCACACAGGAGUGAUUUAGGGUUUGAGGUUUUAUUUGUGUUGAAGAAGAUGGGAGUUGUGUUUAUGAUUUGAAUUAAAUGUUAUGUUGUGUUUUAAUUAUUAUCAAAUUUAAUGAAAAAGGUAUGCUUU